AUGGCUGCCCGCGGGGUCCUGGCGCUGGCAAGAGUAAGGCUUGGGAGGCCACCGCCUUGGGCCGAAAGCUUCCGACCGCAGCUCAGCUCGACCCUCCGCUUGGCUUCCAAGGGAACACGCUGCAGCUCCGCGUCUGGCUCCCGGGGAACGCCCGAAGGGGAGCCGAGGCUUCCGGCGAGCCAAGAGUUAACCGCGGCUGAGAGGCGCAUCGCCGAGCUGCACUGGGCCGCCUGCGCGGCUGGCCAGCUAAGCUAUGUGGAUCCAGCUACUGGCUAUGUGGUUUUCACAAAGCUGGCCCACUUGCAGAGAGGUGCCUGCUGUGGUUCUGCCUGCAGACACUGUCCAUAUGGCCAAGUCAAUGUGAAAGAUCCAUCAAAGCAGAAGCAGUUCAACUCCUAUUUUUACGUUUGAUGGUGCCUUCCCACCUGUGCUGUCACACUGAACUU